AUGGACUGCCCCCGCUCGGGGAGCCGCGAACUCGGGACAAGUGUGUGUGUGCGGGGCGGGAACGCGGCGCAGCCCCCGGCGCCUCCGUGCCCAAGUGAGCCUCGGACUGCUCCCGGGAAGAGCCGGCUCGCCCAGCGUCCAGCACCUUUGCCACUUCUCCUCCUCCUCUUCCUCCUCCCCCCGGCCCUCCCGUCCUCCUCCCUCACCCGAGGAUACUGGGGACUCCCUCCGGAUGCCGCUCGGCAGGCUCAGUGCUCGCAGGCUGCCUUUCCAGGGGCUCUCCUGAUCUCCGUGGAGCUCCGCAUCGCUCGCCUCCGCGCCCGCCCCGGAGUGCCCGUGCGCAGCGGAGAUGCCACCUUCCCCAAAGCUAUGGACAACGUGACUGUGCGGCAAGGGGAGAGUGCCACGCUCAGGUGCUCCGUGGACAACCGCGUCACCCGCGUGGCCUGGCUGAACCGCAGCAGCAUCCUCUAUGCCGGCAAUGACAAGUGGUGCUUGGACCCGAGGGUGGUGCUCCUGGCCAACACCAAAACCCAGUACAGCAUCCAGAUCCACGACGUGGAUGUGUACGAUGAGGGGCCCUACACCUGCUCUGUGCAGACAGACAAUCACCCCAAGACAUCGCGCGUGCACCUCAUCGUGCAAGUGUCGCCGAAAAUUACCGAGAUCUCAUCCGACAUCUCCAUCAAUGAAGGUGGCAACGUCAGCCUCACCUGCAUAGCCACGGGCAGGCCAGACCCCACAAUCACCUGGAGACACAUCUCGCCCAAAGCUGUGGGCUUCAUCAGUGAGGACGAGUACCUGGAGAUCACAGGCAUCACGCGGGAGCAGUCGGGCGAGUACGAGUGCAGUGCCUCCAACGACGUGGCCGCGCCGGUCGUCCAGCGAGUCAAAGUCACCGUCAACUACCCGCCGUACAUCUCGGAUGCGAAGAGCACCGGUGUGCCGGUGGGGCAGAAGGGAAUCCUGAUGUGUGAAGCCUCCGCCGUCCCCUCCGCUGACUUCCAGUGGUACAAAGACGACAAGCGGCUGGCUGAAGGACAGAAAGGGCUGAAGGUGGAAAACAAAGCCUUCUUCUCCCGACUGACUUUCUUCAACGUCUCCGAGCAGGAUUACGGCAACUACACCUGUGUGGCCUCCAACCAGCUAGGAAACACCAACGCCAGCAUGAUCCUUUAUGAAGAGACAACAACCGCUCUGACACCCUGGAAAGGCCCCGGUGCAGUGCACGAUGGCAACAGCGGUGCGUGGCGGCGAGGCAGCUGUGCCUGGCUGCUGGCCCUGCCGCUCGCCCAGCUCGCCCGCCAGUUCUGAGCCCCGAGGCGGCCCGCGGCGCGGCCACGACCACCACAGCAGAAAGGAGAGGAAGAAGAUGUAUUCACUGUUUCUGAAAAUAAUCAUAAGAAUUGAGAGAGAGUUGUCCGGCCAGGCCUUCUGGGGGAGGGGGAGAGAGGAAAAACAUGCAAAAAAAAAAAAAAAUAAUAAUAAUAAUAAUGAUAAUACUAAGGGAAUUUGGAAAGGAGGGGGAAAAAAAAAAAAAAAAUUAUCCAAGGCUUCCUGCUGAAGACGCAACGCGACUUGAGUCUUUUUCUUUCCUCUGGUUUAUUUUUUCGCCUGCCCCUUUUUCUGCCCCAUUUCGUCGUUCUCUGCCGUGGGUCAGCGUGGGGAUGGGACGGCCCCGCUCCCCUCGCCGGCCCCGCUCGCCCGGAGCCCCCCCCCUCCGUCCGUAUGCGCAGGUUUUCUUCUUCGCCGAGAUUUCCCCGUCUUCUCAUGGACUGUGCCGCCAUUUGUGUUCCGAAAUAUAUAUAUAUAUAUCCACAUAUACAUAUAUAUAUAUGUAUAGAUAUAUAGAUCUUCAACAGUUACACCACACCGCCACGAACGGAAAGGGAGGAAGGAGAACCAGUGCCGAGCCGCGUUCAUCGUACCCCGUGCGGACAUCGUGAAUGAUAAGGGUUAAUUUUAUUAAUUAUAUUUUCUGAUACAAGCCUAGAACUCUUAGUUCCUAAAAAACAAAGAUGCAAAAAAAAAAAAAAAA